AUGGAUAUCCGACCAAACUACACAAUCUACAUCAACAACCUGAACGAGAAGAUCAACAAGGAGGAGUUGAAAAAGUCACUCUACGCGAUUUUUUCCCAGUUCGGCCAAAUACUAGAUAUCGUCGCGUACAAAACGCUGAAAAUGCGCGGCCAAGCGUUUAUCAUCUUCAAGGAAAUCUCCAGCGCAACGAAUGCGAUGCGUACGAUGCAAGGUUUCCCGUUCUACGACAAACCGAUGCGCAUCAACUACGCUAAAACCGACAGCGAUAUGAUUGCGAAGCUGAAGGGAACCUUCCAGGAGCGGCCGAAGCGCGUGCGGCAACCGAAACCGGUGCAGACGGCAGACGACAAAAAGGCGAAGAAAUUGAAAAGUGCCGGUGAGGUGGGAGCGACAAACAAUUCGGCCACCGCCGAGCAGCCGCCGAACCAAAUCCUGUUCCUUACGAACUUGCCGGAGGAAACGAACGAGAUGAUGCUGUCGAUGUUGUUCAAUCAGUUCCCGGGUUUCAAGGAGGUUCGUUUGGUACCGAACCGGCACGACAUUGCGUUCGUGGAGUUCGCGACGGAACUGCAGAGUGGUGCGGCACGAGAAGCUCUGCAAGGAUUUAAGAUUACUCCGACCCAUGCGAUGAAGAUAUCGUUUGCGAAGAAGUAA